GACAAAAAGAGCUCCAGUUUGACUUUUUAUGAAGUAUUAAAAAGUUUAAAAGUUUAAGAAACUCAAGGGUAUGAAUAUGAGAAAACUGCAAAGGCUGGUCAGUCGAGGUGGUUUAGAGUUCCCAGAUCUAUAACUACAAUGCUUAUAGUCUGAGGCGUCUAGCACACUAGAUAUUGCCUCUUGAGAGAGCUCCACUGUGGUACAUCAAAAAGGAAUCUGCAUCUUUUUCCUUUGCUUCACUGCUUGUCCAAAAAAUCAUGUAAAUUUACAAAGGCUCAUUCAAGUAAUAUCUUAACUUCAAAGCGCAUGGUGGAAAGUCUCAGGGCUUAGAGAGUUUUAUUCUAAUUCAAACAAGAUCAAACAUUUGGCUGUCUGUAUUUACUUAUCCCAUUUAUGCACUGCUGAGUGCAGCCAGGGGUCAAGCAUCUUGCCCAAGGACACUUCAGCAUGUGACCUUGGAGACCUGGUUUACCUCCGGCCUGCUAAUUUAGAGACAAUCAACUCCACCUCUGAGCCACAGCUGCCCGUGGAAAGGUUGGACAAGAUGACCCAGGUCUUAGAUGAAGGUCAUGAAGCAGCUAAACAUGCUGGUGGAGGUGAUGGAGGUAUCACAGCCCUCAGACUUACCUGCAUGGGGAAGAUAUUUGAAGGUAUAUAAAAGGCAAAGGGCCAGAUUGCUGUCAACUCCUGGUCCAUGCCAAGGGAUCUGAGGGUAAGGCUUAUUCAGUUUUCAAAUUUGUUCAAUAUUGAAUUAAGAUCCACUGUUACACUGCCAUUAUUCAUAAACGUAUGGUGUUGUUGAUGUAAGAUUAUUGUAUUUAUUUUAAUUAUAUACCAUGAAUAGGACUGAUUAGUCUAUUAUAAAAUAAAAUUAAAAAAAAAAAAAACGAGCUUCUGUGACGCUGUACAGUUUUUAACUUGCACUAUGUAAAUGCUGGCCUUGCAAAUCAGCUCAUUAAAUACAACAGUUUUGUCACUCUCUGCACACAUAUCAUAGAAAUAAUAAGAACAGGAAAUAUGGUGAUGACUUUCACACACCUGAACUAAAGCAUUUAAGUUUUAUUAUACGCAACAAGUAGGGAAUGAAUUUCUAAUGAAAAUAGAGGAAAACUGUAACUGUCUUGAUGAUUUUACACUUCAGUUAUAUGAUUGAAUACAGCUACGAUAUAAUACCAGAUCAUCUGAUUGGUGACUAAUACAAAGGACACAUGUUAAAAAAGCUAUUAAGAUGUAGAAGUUGAUUUCUGAACAGAAAUGUCUAUACUUCUGUCCGUGUGGAAGAAUCCACCAGUUUUAACCAGGUUAAGGGGUUUGAUCAGCUGUUUUACUUUGAAAAUGCUGACAGGAAGUUUGACUUUUAAGCCACCUGUGUCUUUCACAUCAUCUGGAAAGACCAGAACAGCAGAGGAGAGGUGACAGUGAUGAAGAGAGGCGACUCAGAUUUAGUCUUCUGCUUGUUGAAUGCAAAGGUAGGACACUUUCUUGCAUUUAUUUUAAAUUUCCACCAAAGAUUGGAAAUAAGAUUUACUCUUUAAGUUUCUCUCCUUAUAACUGUCAUGCCAAGACUUUCUUAAGAAGGUUUAAUUCCUUUUUAACUAAUAAUAAAUUAAUAUUUUGUUUACAUAGGGUCUCAUGUUGUAAGGUGUAUUGUUUUGAAUAAGGGAAAAUAUAAUUGGCUAAAAAGUCAAGAAACUGAACUAAAUUAAUAUAAGUAUUUUUGGAUUCCUGCACAGAUUCAUCAGUCAUUUGUCACCAAACUUUUUUUUGACGUUGUUAAAGAAUUGGUCAUGAUUCAGUUUCUUCACCUAUAGAAAUCUUGGGUUACUUCAAAUGUCAAGAUGUUACAGGGCAUAAGGAGUAGGUGAAGUAUAGACAGUCAUACCAUUUCUCCUAAUGCUUAGAGGAAUGUUAAACCUAGAAGAACAAGUACUGUCAGCUGUGUGCUCCAACCAAAGCCAGAAUAUAGACAGUUAUGCAUAUAGUUCACUUUGAGACCUGCACUGAAUGUUUACUUUGGUGCACUUUACCUGUUUGAACUGCGGUCUCAAUGAAUUUACAUUUUUUUGUUUUAGCAGAUGAGUUAAAACUUUCCUGAAAACCAUUAAAAAAGACCUACGAAUCUUCAUUUAUUUAGGCCCAAAAAUAUCUCAUUAUACACAAUUCUAUAUACUUUACACAGAAAUGGCCAGUCAGAAAAAGAUAUUUUUAAUUUUCUUUAAAUAACUUUAUUUCGGGGAUCAAUGUAUUUAUCAUAAUGAUGAUUUUAUUCAUUUAAGACUUUAUAAUAUUUCUAAUGGAGUUGACUAAAGGUUAAUCUAAACUUUGUUUUAUGGUCACAUUUGAAUUUUGUACUUGACAAUCCCUCGUUUGGCUAAAGGAUGACUCUUUCAUAUCUUGUUUUCAGGGUCUACAUGUGGAGAAACUGACCCUCCAGGAUCCUCACUUAUAACUGCAACCAAAAGAAGUGCUUAUUUUCACUUAUUAGAAAUCACAGGAGGGACCCCUGUUGCAGAUUUUUGAAUGGCUAAAAAAUUGUGGAAAGAUAAAUCAUGUUAUGAUUGAGAUAGUCUUUCAUCGUUUUAGAUACAUAAUGCAUCAUAGACAUAUAAAUCUGAAAACCUACUACAGAAACACCAACGCUGAAUGCAGCUAGACAGAUUACCCACUUUAAAAAAGUCCAAUUAUGAGGCUGCAGAGACAAACACGGCUGUUGGUGAAGCUUACUGUGGUCCUGGGAUCACUGUGGUUAUUUUUACUACUACGUCGCCCAAAAGCAGGCUGGGAUCCUACCUACGUUUUCAGGUACAACUGGCUGGAAUACACAGAUGAUGACGGUGGCCCAGAGAAAGUGUGCAACUGCUCAGCCAUCCUGCGCGGAGAGAGGGAAGCUGUGGAGAAAGCCAAAAUACUGGCCAUCACUAAAGACUUCCACAAGAGCGUGCUGAUCCCUGAUGAGUAUUAUAUCAAUGCAACACACGACUGCUGGUGGGCUGCUUUACAGAGAACUUUUAGUUUUUGUCAAACUGUUGGUCAUUAUUACAUGAACUCAGAUUAACUGGCAAAAAUUCUUGGGCAGUAUCAGUUCCCUGUUGUAUUUAAUCAAUUUUGUAUAUUUACAGGACAUUCAAGACAAGCAGGAAAUACCUGACAUUCCCGUUAAGCCAGGAAGAAGAGGACUUCCCUCUGGCUUACUCUCUUGUUGUGCAUCAUAAGGUAUGCUAAUCCUAAAACCAGCCUUUGUGGGGGUUUUUUUUGACCGGCUGUGAAACAAACUUCACACCUCAGGAUAAUCAGGCCUAAAAUCAGCACUGUAAUCUAGUGAUGGGCACGCAGUUCUUUUAGAUGUACUGAAUCACUACAAUCAAUUCACUAAAAAGAUUUGUUCAAAAGAUUCGUUCACCAAAUCAUUUAACAGGAGAAGCCUGUGACUCCGACCUUCUGAACUGAUACACAGCUGAACAGUGAGUGAUUCGUUCACUGAACGUUUAGAAGAAUUCACACUGAACAUGCACCGUUCCCUAGCAAACCGCUGCAAUGAUAGGAUGGUGCGGGUUUAAUGAACUACUUGUUACAUGCUGUGUCCUAUUGUAUGCAAGUUGUUGUGGUGGCAAUUUAGCAUAAAACAGGUAGUUUUGUCCGACAAAAAUUAUUCCAGAGAGUGUAGUUCAAUGCGAGAUGCGUUCACCAAACGAUUCAGGUGUCGGUGCAUGUGGUCCCUCGUUCACCAGCUGCUGGCCUGGGCAAUGCUGUUUCUUACUUCAGCUCAGCUGAAUAGAGAAACAAACGAAACACUCGAUGAAGUGAUUCAGUUCAGUACAUUCACUUAAAAGAUCCAGUUCCUUUGAACAAAUCGUUCGCAAAUGACACAACACUACUGUUAUCUUGUAUUGUGUGCUCAGAGGUGUACAUCUUUGCCUGCAUUGUCCUCAUAUUUCCAAAACAAAGCCCUGAUAUAAGCCACAGAGCAGCUAGCAUAUGGCGUGGACACUCUGCAGUAUGCUGUUGGCUCUUUUCAGUCUAGAUUAACAGAUCAGGUUCCUAAACAUCUGAAUUCCUGUCCUCUCAUGUCCACCAGGUGCAGAAUUUUGAGCGACUCUUGCGAGCCAUCUAUGCGCCUCAAAACUACUACUGCGUUCAUGUGGACAAAAAAUCAGACCCCUCAGUCCACUCCGCCAUCAGAGCUAUCGUUUCCUGUCUCCCUAACGUCUUCCUGGUCAGCAAGGCCGUGAGUGUGGUCUACUCUGGAUGGCCGCGCGUCCAAGCUGACCUCAACUGUAUGUCUGAUCUCAUCAAUGUCAGCACAGAAUGGAAGUACUUCAUCAAUCUUUGCGGUCAGGAUUUUCCUCUGAAAACCAACCUGGAGAUGGUGAGGAUGCUGCGCUCAUUGGGGGGCGGGAACAGCUUGGAGUCUGAAAGAAUGCCUGCAGAGAAGAAGUGGAGGUUUUCAUACUCUUACAAGAUAGCUGAUGGAAAGAUCCAGGUAACUCUUCAGGAGAUUUGGUCUCAUUGUUUUUUGUUUAGUCGUUUUGCUGUUUCCUGAAUGAACUCUUUGGACCUAAAACUUAAGCUCUCCAUCUUAAUCAGUUACUUUUGUCUUUCUCAGUGGUCAGAAGAGCUAAAGAAGCCACCUCCACACAACUUCCCCAUUCUGUCAGGAAACGCCUACAUCGUUGUGAAUCGAGGCUACAUCCACAGCGUGUUUGAAGACCCCCGGAUUCAGGACCUUAUUGAGUGGUCCAAGGACACCUACAGUCCUGACGAGUUCCUCUGGGCAACCAUUCAACGAAUCCCUGGAGUUCCUGGAUCAACGUGGCCAAACCAAAAAUACGACAUGUCUGACGUCAACGCGAUCGCACGGCUGGUGAAGUGGGUGUGGCACGAAGGGUCAGAGGGGUCAUUGAAAGCCGUGUACCCAGAGUGCCAAGGCAACCAUGUCAGGUCAAUAUGUGUGUAUGGUGCUGGAGACCUGCAGUGGCUGUUGGGGAACCACCACCUCUUUGCUAAUAAGUUUGACGCGGACAGAGACCCUAUCGCCAUCUACUGCAUGGAGAAGUAUCUGCGACGGAAGGCGCUGGCUGAGUUAUAUUAGUGUAUUUGAUCGGAGGACUUUGGGGGAGGGGGGUCAAAACUGAUUCAAAAAGUGAUAAAGUAAUACAAACUAAAUGCUUCUGUAUAUUUAUAAUUAUUUAUCAUGCUAUAAGCCUGGAAGGAAGAGUCCUUUUGAGGAUUUCGUGUCAGUGAA